AGCAAGCUGCUCCCCGGGUUCGCUAGUGGCUGCUCUUCCAGGCGAGCACAGGGCCAGCAUGGAGUUGGAGCUUUGUGAAGUAGCCAGUAAAUCAAAACGCCUCCGCUAGGUGCAGAGCGCAGUGGCAACGGGCCACUCUGCCAGUGCGGUAGUCGGUGGGACCGAACUCCACAUUCGAGAAGGGGCAGCCUGCGGGCGCGGGGCCUGAGCUGCCGCUCGCCUCGGUUGGCCGAGAGACCGGCAGCCCCACUGCAGGUCCGGGUCCCUGACAUUCUCUGGCACCGAGGGCUGGGAUCAGACAUUCCCAGCUGCACUCACUGAACAGUGAUUUUUUUUUUUUUCUUUUCCCUCCCUGAAUUCUUUAGCUGCCAAAAGGGGGGGAAAAAUCAAGAGCUGCGCUUUUAAGCGAAGUUGCCCUUGCUGGUGUUCAGGGUAAAAAUAGAGGCGGCCACUUGGACCAGCUUGGCCCUGAGUCCAGGCGUCCCGCGAGCCGGGCUGGAGCUGCGCAUUCGGGAGUGAUCCCUGGAAACUGCCAGCAGGUGCUGCUCAAGAGAAUUUGCUGAAGAGGAGAAGGAAAAAAAGUCCAAAAAAACCUGUACGUGAGGGGUGGGGAGGAAAAGCAGGGCCUUUAAAGAAGGCAACCACACGACUUUUGCUGCCAGGAUGCCCUUGCUUUGGCUGAGAGGAUUUCUGUUGGCAAGUUGCUGGAUUAUAGUGAGGAGUUCCCCCACCCCAGGAUCCGAGGGGCACGGCGCAGCCCCGGACUGCCCGUCCUGUGCGCUGGCCACCCUUCCGAAGGAUGGACCUAACUCUCAGCCAGAGAUGGUAGAGGCUGUCAAGAAGCACAUCUUAAACAUGCUGCACUUGAAGAAGAGACCCGAUGUCACCCAGCCGGUACCCAAGGCGGCGCUUCUCAACGCGAUCAGAAAGCUUCAUGUGGGUAAAGUGGGGGAAAACGGGUAUGUGGAGAUAGAGGACGACAUUGGCAGGAGGGCCGAAAUGAAUGAACUCAUGGAGCAGACCUCGGAGAUCAUCACCUUUGCCGAGUCAGGCACAGCCAGGAAGACACUGCAUUUUGAGAUUUCCAAGGAAGGCAGUGACCUGUCAGUCGUGGAGCGUGCAGAAGUCUGGCUCUUCCUGAAAGUCCCCAAGGCCAACAGGACCAGGACCAAAGUCACCAUCCGUCUGUUUCAGCAGCAGAAGCAUCCACAGGGCAGCUUGGACAUGGGGGAUGAGGCCGAGGAAAUGGGCUUAAAGGGGGAGAGGAGUGAACUGUUGCUAUCAGAGAAAGUGGUAGAUGCUCGGAAGAGCACUUGGCACAUCUUUCCAGUGUCUAGCAGCAUCCAGCGCCUGCUGGACCAGGGAAAGAGUUCCCUGGAUGUGCGGAUUGCUUGUGAACAGUGCCAGGAGAGCGGUGCCAGCCUAGUGCUCCUCGGCAAGAAGAAGAAGAAAGAGGUGGAUGGAGAUGGGAAGAAGAAAGACGGAAGUGACGGAGGGCUGGAAGAGGAAAAAGAACAGUCACACAGACCUUUCCUCAUGCUGCAGGCUAGGCAGUCUGAAGACCAUCCUCACCGCAGGCGUAGGCGGGGCUUGGAGUGUGAUGGCAAGGUCAACAUUUGCUGUAAGAAACAGUUCUUUGUCAGCUUCAAGGAUAUUGGCUGGAAUGACUGGAUCAUUGCUCCCUCUGGCUAUCAUGCCAACUAUUGUGAGGGUGAGUGCCCAAGCCACAUAGCAGGCACCUCUGGGUCCUCGCUCUCCUUCCACUCAACAGUCAUUAACCACUACCGCAUGAGGGGUCACAGCCCCUUUGCCAACCUUAAGUCAUGCUGUGUGCCCACCAAGCUGAGACCCAUGUCCAUGCUGUAUUAUGAUGAUGGUCAAAACAUUAUCAAAAAGGACAUUCAGAACAUGAUUGUGGAGGAGUGUGGCUGCUCCUAGAGUUGCCAGCUCCCAGAGCAAAUGGAUCUAGGGUGUCCAGAAAAGACAGUGGCAAAAUGAAGAAAAAAUAUAUAAGAUUUCUGAACUAAACAAGACAACCAGAAAAAUAGAAAUAAUAGUAAUAAAAAAAACC